AUGCAUUGGGCAUGGAUCGUGAUUAUUGAGGGCAAUAUAAUGCUUGGGGUACAUUCGAUGCUGUCCGUGCAUCGGGCAAAUGACGUGGACUUCCAUAUGCGCCUAGAAUGA